AUGGCACCCUCGCGCUGGCGCAUCCUCGAAGGCAAGGUCGUCGCCAUCACCGGUGGCACAACGGGCAUCGGUCGGGCCAUCGCCCUCGAAUACCUCCGCCAGGGCUGCAACGUCGCUAUGAACCCUUUGGGCCUCGAACGAGACGAGAAGCACAAGCUCAGCUUGGUCGCAGAGGCUGCAGCCCUCAAGGCAGAGAAGGUAGAGGGCGAGACGACAUCCAAAGCCGGAGAUCUGCUCGAGGUCGUGGGAGAUGUGACGAAGGCGAGACAGGCACAAUACUGGUUGAGAAGGCGGUGGAGAGAUGGGGAAAGCUGGAUAUAUUCGUGGCUAAUGCUGAAGUUUCGAGCCGGCAGAUUUCUGACGUUAUUUCGUGUUCAUCUACGGAAGGACAUGGCUAAUCGAACUGUAGACUGGACCACGAGCUUUAUCGACCGGACUUGCCCCCGUCGGUGGAGGAUUGCAGACGCAUUACCACCCACGAAAGCUGGAGUGCUGUCCUUGAUGCAAUCGAUGGCUAUAUCAUUAGGCAAGGAUAAUCUCAGAUGCAACACGAUAUUGCCAGAGACUACCAAGACACAGUUGAGCGAGGACGAUAUGAAGAAUGAUGUGAAGAGGAAGUAUCUGGAAGCCAGAAUUCCCAUGGGCAGAGUCGCAGACACCUCGGACAUCGCUGGUCCAGCCGUAUUUCUGGCCAGCGAGCAUCUGAGCCCGUACUGCAACGGACCGCAACUUUUAUCUGACGGGGGCAUGUUUGUGAAUUUGCAAUGA